UCAAAAGUUCAAAACCCUCCAACCGUGUAGACCGCCUCUCUCUAACCUAACCGCCCCGACUACCUCCGACUUCAAGCCGCCGACCGGCCACCGACUUCAAGCGUCAGAUUUGAAGAAGAAGAGGAAAUUAUGGAGAGCAUAAUCACUUAUUUUGAAUCCCAGUUGAUCAGACCCAGUUGUUGAUUCUCAUCUCCUUCCCUGUAUUUCAUUCCCAGCUUCCGUGGAUUUCUAUGCUUUGAUCAUUUUUUGUCAGAUCAGACCCAGUUGUUGAUAUGGAGCAAGUUGAAUAAGUUGAUGUUGCUCCAAAUCUGUGAUGUGGAGAUGUUUGGGUAUUGCAAGGCUUGUGUUCUAAUUUUGAAAGUCCGGAUGAUACGAGAUUUUUUUCAUUUCUAUGAUGUGAUUGGGUUCUGUUGUUGAUAAAAGUUUUGUCAUCUCUAUCAAUUAAGGAAGAUAGAGGAAGAUGAGUAAGAGAAGGGGUCUGGGUAUGAAAACAGAACACUAAUGUGAGAAGUUAGAGGAGAGAGAUGGAAUGAGAUUUAAAUUUGACAUACACAAACUUUCCUUUUCUUCAACCAUGUCCACUGGAGAGAUUCUACAUUUUUAUGGAACUGAAGCUUUUCAAAGAAGAGAUGCACGUAUUCCCUAUGGACUCCCAAGCAACAGGCUUGUAAUCAGACUUUUGCUCUACAAGAUGAGUGGAAGCCGUCCUAGCGAUACGCCUGGAGCUAUAACUUUUGAUUAUCCGAGAGCUUCUUCUACGAUCGUAGCAGACAAGAAAAUUCAGAUUGAACUACCUGAUUUCUUGGAAUCAUCUGAAAGGCAAAAGCAUAGUGUGAUAUUGGCUGAGGUUCUUACCAGCAUGGACAUCCCAGAAGUUGAGCAUCAGACUAUUAUUAAUGAAAUAUUUUACGCUGUUGAGAUGGCAGACGUCCCUGGGCCGCCUAUUUAUUGUAUCAUAUGUGAUGCGACUCUCAGAUUGACAAGACCAAUGCAUAGACCCAAGGUCGUUAAUUUAGAAUCUCUGGAGAAAGUGAGACUUGAUAGCUUGGAAGAUUCUGCUAGACAAGAAGAGUGUGUUAUUUGUAGAGAGGGUCUUGAUCACUUUGAGGGUGUAGAAGGUAUUGAGGACCAGCUGAUGAUUACUCGCUUGCCCUGCCGGCAUCUUUAUCAUGGAGAUUGCAUUGUCAAAUGGUCGGAGGUGAAUCAGUUGUGUCCCUCGUGCCGAGAGCCAAUGCCAACAAUAGAGCAGGAAGAGGAGGAGGAGGAGGAGGAGGAGGAGGCAGUUUGUGAGCCAUCAAAACUACCAGGGCAGAAGCUGAAUUGGCCUAUGAUUCUUACAGUGUCCACUGGUGGUAUGUUGGCUGCUAUGCUGGCUUGCAGAUUGUGGAAGCAAAGUAGGUAAAGACAGAGUAGACUUAUCAUGAUUUGUCUAGCACCCAAGUUUUUGGUCUGUAAUCAUUGGUUAUAGCACUCUUUGAGUUUGUGUUCUGUAAAGAUUAUGAGGAGUUGAUUUGAAUAAUAUUAGUUAUACAAUUUC